AGAGACGGUGAAGUCGCGCACUGCACACUGUGCCGAAAGCAGAACUAUUCUCUUCAACAAGUGUUGUAAAAGAAAGCACUGCAUUGCUGUUUCUUUUAUUCCUCCUUUCCGGAGUGGUCACACACCGUCAACUCCCUUCACUAUACAACCCAAUAUACACUCUUAUACACACCUUUUUUUGCUUUCCAUGAGCUCUCACGUGCUUCCCAUCGGCAUCCCGCCGCGGGAACGGACGCGGCUGUGCAGGACCGCCUCGGAGGAGGUCUGCUCUCAGGCUGCCUCUCAUGUGCGGUCUGCCGCGCAGGUCAGCAGCGUGGACGCGGCGGCUGAGCCAUACGUGCGGGCGGUGUACGUUUAUCAGGCCUCCACCGUCGCACCCGAGCGAGUCAGCAUCGCGUCUGGCGAAGAGUGCGGCUCCUACCUGCGCAGCAUUCUGCGUGCGUGCGUCGCGAGCUACGCCGCCGGCACCAGCGUCCCUUGCUGGCUGACCGUCGUGCUGGAGGACACGUGCAUCGUGCAGCACGCCGUGUUCGCCAUGACGUCCGCUUCGCCCGAGCCGCAAAACUGGACGUCGGCGACGGCGUUUCAGUCAGACGUCGGCCCUUUCCAAGCAGGCGUUGCGCGCUGGUCGCUGGUCGCGCAGCCCGUUCCUUGCCGCACUGCAGCACCAGCAACUGCUGCCCCUUCUGCGCCUGCGUCACGGGACGUCCCAAAGCCUCCACAAAAAAAGACCUCGUCUGUGUCACAGGCAUCCACCGCUUCUUCGCAGAGAAAGCCGCAUCAGUCUCAAGAGUCCGCGGCCCCUCCGUCGUCUACCACGAAGACUCGUCACACUAGCACGACGCCAUGUGCGCAUUCUGCUGCUAUGCUCGCCAAGGCCAUGGGGGCGAUCAAUCAGCAACCUCCGCCACAAAAGCAGCAACAGCGGCCAAACAAAAGGGAAGCUGCCAAUCCUCCGCCAGCACGCGACACAGCUCCGGCGGCAGUCCAUUACAGCAGCAGCGACAACAGCAGCGUGCCAUCGGAGUCCAGCAGCGCCGUCCCGCCUCAGCACGCCCCCCUUUCUUCUCAGCAGCAGGCGCCGCAGUCGCAGCGUGCGAGGCUGCGCCCGCCACACAAAACGAGCGCCGCGCCUGAGGGCGCGGCAUCGCAGCGCUCCAUCCAGUCCUCGCGCCACAACUCACUGCAACAGAAGCCCAACGGCCUGGUGGUGUACGACUCCCCGCAGGCCGAUUUGGUGGUGCCGAGCGACGGGCGGCAGUGGGGCGACUCGGCGUACCGCACGUGCUAUUCGCCGCGUCGCGAGGAGCUGUGGGACAUCGCCGACGCGGUCAUGACGCACAAUUACGCCGAGGCGAUGAUCAGCCCCGAAGCCGAGCCGGCGUAUAUCGACGACUACCACGACCGCAACGAGAGGGGAGCUGUGUAG